AUGAGGCUACACUGGAGGCUGGGGUGCAUGAGGGUUGCUCAGCGGUCAGCAAAGAGUUGUGGUGAGGGGGUGCGGGGUUGGAGGGCAGGAUUCAAAUGCCCAACUCGGGCAUCUCUCUGUGAAGUCUGUGAAAUGUGGGCAAGUCCCUGGCCUGCUCUGCUCCGCAGCCUCUGCAAGGAAAAAGGCAGGAGGCUUGAGACCCGCUCUGCCGUCCCCUCCUCAUGCGAACAAGGCGCUUGCGAGAACAGCGAUGCAGGGUUGAGCAAAGCCGGGCUCACAGAAGUAAGUGAGAGGCUGGCGUGGCCCUCGGCGGACUUGCAGGCUCUCUAG